AUGCUCAUAAAAAAACUUUCUUUUUUACGUUUCCCCCAGAGAGAAAUCGUCCUUUUUUUGUUAAAACAUGAGGGAGUCUCGACUGUAAGCCUUGGGGCCAAGUCGAAAGGUGCAAUUCGUUUUUGCACGCCAAGAAGCGCCACCUUCACUUCGUUAUGCAGCGCGGGGGUGGGCAAGCGCCCCCUCCGGGGGAAACGCAGUUCUUCCAUUGUGCAGGCGGUGCAGGCUCCGAAUGAGGCAAACGCGGCGAGCAGUACCCCCUUGGGGGAGUGCACACCAACACAUUGUGGCGAAGGCAGUGCGUAUAGUGACCACCGUGACCUCAACAGCGAUGUGCCCAAAAAGGACCAUGUGUACGAAACAAACGAUGUGUACGGAAACGACGAUGUGCACGAAAAGGACGAUGUCUACGAAAACAGCGAGUGUGUCUACAUUAAGGGAGAAAGAAAAUUCGUUGUGCGCAGGCGAAAGGGGGGAACAUGCACAGGGAGCUCCUCCAACGGUGAUGCAGCGGCGGUCAGUGUCUGCGAAGGUGUCCAACCCGGGGGGGAUCAGACUGAGGAGAGCUACACAGGGGGAGACCCCGUGAUGAGCCCCCAAUUGAGAAGCGUCCGCGAAACUGAAGAUGCCAAUUUAUGUUUUCCCGAAAGGGGGAGGUAUGGGGGUUCCCCUUCGAAGGGGGGAUCAACAUCCAUGGCCAAUGCGGAAAGUGAAGCCUCCCCCACAAAUUGCGGACACCAAAGUGAUGACGCAGUUCCCUGGGAUACCCCGAAAAACGAAGCACUGAUGAGAAUCCUCACCGAACCAACUGACCACCUGAUGAUGCGAAACGAAAGGCGCUUCUGCGACUUCCUGUGGGUAGUAGCCAAGUCAGGGAAAGGGGGAGAGCCAAACUACAAAAGACGAAGGAGUAAAAAGUUAAAGGGCGAAGGAUAUGGAGGUCAUGGAGGAAAUGUCAUUCUGAAAAGUAAAAGAAGCAUUUACGAUUUAAUCAAAAUAGAACAAAAGGUUAAAGCAAAUGAUGGAGAAAAUUUUAAAGAAAACAGCCGAGGAAAAGAUGGCAGUGACAAAGUCGUAUUCGUGCCGGUAGGAACAAUUGUCCGGAAGAGAAUUUACUGUAAAAAAAAAAAUGAAAAUAAUAGGAAGAUAUAUAAAAGCAUUUUUUGGUAUCAAUUUUUACAGGAAAAUGAGGAACUGUUGGUAGCUCGAGGAGGAAAAGGAGGAAUAUCAUAUUCUUUUUUUAAAAAGCAUGAUUAUAGAUUGCCUGAGAAGGGGGAGAAGAUGCUCCUCGAAUUGGAGCUCCGACUAUUGAACGAUGUAGCCUUCAUUGGCAUUGAGAACAGUGGAAAAACAUCCCUCUGCAGUAGCCUCAGUAGGUACUAUGGGAACAUUAGUAGUCACAUAUUUAGCACCACCAUACCACACGUCUCCAACAUUAACUACAUCGAUGGGGUCGAAAUAACCCUGCUGGAUACCCCCUUCCUGUUUCAUAACGCACACAAGGAUUGCAGCCGGGGAAAGAGGAUCCUAAGACAUCUAUACAGAAGCAAGCUUAUCGUUUACGUCAUCGACGUUGCGAGUGACAAACUUGAAAAUGUGGACGACACACAGGUGGAAGACUACUACACGGAGAGCCUAAAGGGGGGGAGUGGCAGGGAAGCGAUGGACGCCAUAGACGCGAUGGGCGCCGUGGACGCAUUAACGCCACACACACAGAGGGACAACUCCAGUGAACAGAAAAGUAAUCAUGUCCACACAUCGAAGGAAUCCCGUGCCAACCUAAAGGACUACCAUAACGAUACAAUAAAGCAAAUAAAAAUGCUUCGAAAUGAACUCUUCCUUUUCAAUCCGGAUUACUUAAAAAAAAAGGAACUUGUCGUUGCCACCAAGUGUGACAUGCUACACAAGAACGCCCUACUAAAUCUAGACUCUCUUUAUUUCCGUCUGCAAAAUUUGUUCCCCCAUAUAGAAGUUAUUGGCACCUCUGCCAAGUUCGGCCUAGGCAUAAAGCUCCUCAGCAAGAAGAUACGAGAUCUUAUAUACCCUCAGGACGUCCUAAACAGUCACAAAAUGUAUGCCAAAAAUAUAGAGGACUAUGUCAUUCCUACGCACAGCCACGUUAGGGAGGGACAACGACGGCUGCAGAAUUAUGAGCUACCAGAGAAUGUCAAACAUAUGUACGAGCACAACUACAUGGAAAACUUCGACUACUUUUUGAAGAAGUCUCGCGGGAGGGGGCAUGAUGUGAGUGUUAGCGACUCUGGAGAUGGGAAAAAUUUGUUAACGGGGGAUGCUAGAGGAGGUGUCACUCCUUAA